UCAAACUUUUUAACAAUGUAAACAAACAGCAACCGGAUCUAAGUUAAAGAUCGUGGUAUACGUGUCACACUCCUGCUUGUCAUCUUCAUCAAACAACCCACACACACAGUUGCAUCUUCCUUAAUUUGUGUAAAGUUAACUCCUCGUAUCUCCCGGCGCACGUUAUCAUCUUCCCUUUUUCCUCUCUGUUCUGACUUCUGACAACAGAUCCACACUGCCACUAAUCCGUCACACCGGCGCAUUUUAUCUUCACCCGUUCAGGUUUUGUUUGUUAUAAAUUUAUAGGGAGGGAUAUGAGAGGGCGUCAAAGGGAUCAUACACAGACUACUUACAAGCGCGCUUCGUCGAGAGAUGGCUUGAAUGCGCACGAUAGAGAAGACGGUUUAGGAGGGAGUGAUGCAAAAGGAUCUGCAAACCCACCUUGGAUUCGUUCGCUUCCACACGUCAUCGUUGCAGCCAUUUCAUCAUUCUUAUUUGGCUACCACCUUGGGGUGGUUAAUGACACGCUAGAAAGUAUUUCUUUGGACCUUGGCUUUCACGGGAAUACAAUGGCUGAAGGUUUCGUGGUAAGCUCCCUUUUAGGAGGUGCUUUUGUUGGAUCUACAGUCAGUGGCUGGAUCGCUGACGGGGUUGGACGUCGAAGAGGAUUCCAAUUGUGUGCCAUACCACUGAUAGUCGGUGCUGCAAUGAGUGCCACAUCGGAUGAUCUUGGGGGUAUGCUUAUCGGAAGGUUUCUUGUUGGAAGUGCAAUGGGGGUUAGCCCUCCUAUCGCAGCUCUGUACAUUACAGAGGCUUCACCGGCUUUUGUAAGAGGCACUUACGGAAGCUUCACUCAGAUCGCAACGUGUCUUGGACUUAUUUGUUCUUUCUUCAUCGGGAUCCCAGCAAAGGAUGUUACUCGUUGGUGGCGGGUCUGCUUCUGGAUAUCUACCGUUCCGGCAGCCUUGCUUGCUCUUCUAAUGGAGUUCUGUGCAGAAAGUCCUCAUUGGCUUUUUAAGAGAGGAAGAAGUGCGGAAGCUGAAGCAGAGUUUGCAAAGCUUCUCGGAAGCUUACAUGUCAAGUCUGCAAUGGCAGAAUUGUCCAAGUCAGAUAGAGGGGACGAAGUAGACGGAGUAAAGCUUUCAGAGUUGUUCUACGGACGCCAUUUCAAAGUUGUUUUCGUUGGGUCUGCUCUGCUUGCGCUGCAACAAUUAUCUGGCAUAAACGCUGUAUUUUAUUUCUCUUCAACCGUCUUCAAGAGUGCGGGAGUACCUUCAGAUAUUGCCAAUAUGUCUGUUGGAGUAGUUAACUUAUCAGGUUCACUUGUAGCAAUGGCUUUGAUGGAUAAGUUGGGAAGAAAGGGUCUUCUUCUUGGCAGUUUCUUGGGCAUGGCAAUGUCCAUGGCUAUGCAAGCAGUUGCAGGAAGUAGCUUAAUAUCAGGGUCUUCGGUGGUGUACCUUUCUGUCGGUGGUGUUCUUCUAUUUGUUUUGUCAUUUGCCAUGGGUGUCGGGCCCGUACCUGGGCUUCUCUUGUCGGAAAUUUUCCCAAGCCGAAUAAGAGCAAAGGCAAUGGCAAUCUGCAUGGCUGUACAUUGGGUUAUAAAUUUCUUUGUUGGUUUGCUAUUUUUGAGGCUGCUGGAGCAACUUGGGCCACUGAUUCUGUACACAGUUUUUGCAAGCUUUUGCGUGGUCGGAUUUUUCUUUGUCAGGAAAAAUGUGGUGGAAACAAAGGGAAAAACUUUGCAAGAGAUCGAGAUGGCACUUCUUGCAGCUUAGUUAACGGUUGGUAUGCUCUCGGGUAUUAAUAUGAUGUAGCUAUGGAAUUUGGGCGGAUUCAACGCCUUGCCUUUUGAAGCAAGAUAUGCACAGUGGAAAGAGUCAUUGAGGAAUAGAUGGGUCUCACACGUUACUCGCUCACAAUUUUAUUAUUAGAUAUAGUUUUAUAUAAAAUGUUCGGACAAUGGUUUGUUCAUAGUAAGUAGUGAGUAUUCGUAUUCAAAAUCGGACGUAGCAAUGCUGUGGACAAAGUUUUGUUUUGUUCAUAAGUCAUAACCGUAAGUAAUAAGCGGCUUAGGAAAAGACUUACUUUCUACCAAUACAGACAGGUUUGUUGAGUGAUA